CAGCCUCAUAAAGACUGCGGGCUGAAAAGGAAUGACGACUUUCCAGUAACAACAGAGACUCACAUCGGGGAAAGCCUCGCUGUGCUCUCCGACAGUAAUUUGCACCGUGCGCCUACCCUUCGUUUGGAUUCCAGUGCAACAUUCUCCAUUGCCAACAGCACCAAAGGGACCCAUUUCACAUUUGGACCAGUGGCUGCUGCUGCAGUGACAACUCUCCGAUUGGCUCAGAUUGAGACUCAGGCGCAUAUUGCUCUCCAGCAGAUCGCUCUCCAGCAGCUUGCUACACUAGCGACCAUAACUAUUGGACACCAGUGGUACAACAACGGAUUUGCAGGAGCCUUACAGCCUCACCUGGCUCUCCUGAGUCUUCUCAAUAGACGGCAGGUUUCAUCUGUUGGGCUCAACGUGGACACAAACACUUCCAGAAACACAAGUCUCUCUGCUGCCAUGUACCACCACCACUCCCAGCAACAAGGCCCACCGCCUUUCUCUAAUGGGCCUAGGCCGCCUCAUCAGCAACCUCCGAAUCAGCAUCAGAACCAUCCUCCCUCCAAUAUGCUGUCGCAGGCCAUGGGUUUCCAGUUUCCUCGUCCUACCCAGCUUCCUGAUGAAAUAGAGUCUGCCUUGGCUAUCCGGGGUGCUCGAGACAUGGAUCACCGCCUCAUUGACCACAUGAACCGACCAAACCAACACCAGAACCAAGGCUCUGGUUCUGGGAUCAGUCAACAUGGAAGCUACAUCUCUAACCCAAUAACACUCGCCUCUGAUAAUCAGCCUGGCCGCCAGCAAGGAGUAGACUGGUCAAACUAUCAACCUCCAUCUAAACUGUUUGUCAGUCCUCCACCUAACACUAGCCACCAGACCCAACGACAACAGGGGCCGCAACAGCACCCACAGAGCAGCCAUGCUGGAACAAGCAUCCCAAGCUGGACAACCCCUGUAAGUGACUCGCCAUCACUCCAAGCACGGCACCCAUGCCAUGCUGGCGGAAGUGGGGGCAGUGGGGAGGGUCAGGCUUUGUACACACCCGAGAGUGCAGGAAGCAUCUUGGCUAGUUUUGGACUUUCAAAUGAGGACCUAGAAGUGCUGAGUCACUACCCUGAUGAUCAGCUAACCCCAGACACUUUACCCUUUAUACUCCGUGACAUCCAGAUCAAUAAGUCAGGCAACCAGAAAACUGUGGCCUCCACUUCCUCCUCUUCGUUCUUGCGAAGCAUCCAUGACAUGCCGCUGUCUCUUUCCCGCGCUUCACCGUUGACACGUUCACGCACACCAGAAGUACCCAGCCUGCUUACUGUGACACAGACUGCCGGUAAAGUCAUUGACUAUGGUCAUGCAAGUCGCGCAAAGGACGAGACUCAGACCAGAGAGACUUUCAAAAGAGAGCGGCUCUCCAAUGAGAGGACAGUAAAAAUGUACCCAUCCUCGUCGUCCUCCUCAUCAAAUCCAAAGUUGGAUAAAGUGGAAAGGCGGCAGGUUCAUUUGGAACACAGUGAUUCAAGCAAGCACGGAGACCGGGACUAUCGCAGGACAAGUGGCAACCAUCGCAAGAGCAGUAGGUCACCUGGGAGAGAAUUUCCAGCAUCGUCCAAAUCUCGUAAUUUGGACCGGGACUACAGGCGUGACGGACCCAAACCUAGGCUCCCAUCUGAAGCCAAGAGCGAAGCGUCCUUGAGACGGUCUCUCUCCUCUUCGUCUGGCUCAAGACCUCCCAGCAGCAGCAAGAAGUUACCGACCCCCACCAUGAUAAGUGAUUUCUCAGCUGUGUCUCCAAAGGUGUAUCCCCAUACCUGCUCCCUGUGCCACACACAGUGUGAUCAGGAAAAGGACUGGGUUGAACAUAUCAACACCGUCAACCACACUGCUGCCUGCAGAGACCUGCGCAACAAGUACCCUGGCUGGAAACCAAAUCUACCAAGUCGGAGCGGACGAUAUGGCAGCCGGUCGCUGUGGGAUCCCAAGACUCACUCUCCAUCCCACUCUGUGUGUCCAUCCCUCUCUGGUUCUCCUGACCCUAGUCCUCCUGGCAGCAAACAUAAAGUGGGCCCCCAUCUCCACAGGCUGCACCCGGGGCCCUACUCUCCUCACAAUCAACCUCGCCACCAGCACUUCACAGGGGGUUCUUUUCGAAGUGGUGUGACGCGUCCUCAGGAUGUUGACAAGUUCUCCACUGGAGCCGGCCGGCAUCCAUUCUCGUCUAAGGGAGAUCAUGGCUCCAAACAUGGACCACUACAGUCAUUCACCAAAACUCCCAAGAGCGGGACCAAGCCUGGAACCAAGUCGACUAAGACGGCUGCCAAGCUUCCACCACCCAAGAAGAAGAGGAAAAUCGUGGCUCCGGCUUCCCAGGAUUCGUCUGUUGCAGCUCGUCUGGUUUAUCUGACGGGCAUCCCAAAGGAUGCGUCUGAGCAGGAAGUUACGGACGUGGUGGGGUCCUUUGGCAAGAUCAACAACGUGAUCCUCAUGCCAUGCUCGGAGGAAGAGAGCCAAAAGGCGUCGGUAUGCAUGGUGACGGCUGAAUGCGCCCAGGGUCUGGCCAGCUCCACAACUCUCUCCAUCAGAGGCCAACAAGUCACUGCUUCAAUCACCAAGAAACCUGAAGCAGGGCAGUCCUCUGACGAUAAAGACAGCAAACCUGCUCCAGCACUGGAAAAAGAUGCCGCCGAGGAGAAUUCUGGAGAGCCACAGCAAACAAUGACUGGGACCGUUGUUUACUCGCACGCUCAGCUGAUUGCGCUGUGCAGGCCGCAGCUUCUGCCUGGAGACAGACCUGUGAUCCCAGUGAAGCGACGGAAAAGGGCUCGGGGCUGCAGAUCGGGUGUCAAGCGGAGGGCUAAAACGAGCAAAUACAAAUCCUCGGUACCGGCGAUCAUAACGGGGAACGUGAGGUCUUUGGCGAAUAAGACGGAUGAGCUCGGCGCGCUGGUAAUGACUGAGAGGAUCUUCCGUGAGAGCAGCCUCUUGUGUUUCACUGAGACGUGGCUGCACGCGGACUAUCCGGAUCACAGCGCGUCCGUGCCCGGCUUCAGGACUGUUCGGGCUGACAGAGACGCUACACAGAGCGGAGGCGAUGCUGACCAGAAGACUUCUGAUGAGAAGGGCAUGGUGAUGGUCACAGGACUUCCAGAGAGCGGCUGGUCAGAGAGUGACCUCAUCAAGCUGGUCCAGCCCUUCGGAACUCCCUCUGACAUCAUCAUGGCAACACAAAUUGGAAAGGUUCUCGUGUCACUGCCAGACAUGGAGAUGGCUCAAGAAAUCGUAAAAGUCCACGACUUGAUCCCGGCAAAGAUUCAAGACUCUGAGCUGAAGAUGAUCCAUCUCAAACAGCGUAUUGGUCUCAGCACACCGGUGGCUCUCUACAAUCUUCUAAUGGGAUCAGCGGACACAUUAGAGAGUCCCGUUCUCGUCGGCUGGAGCUGCCUAUUGGUGAUCAGUAACGUUCCCAACACGGCAUCCGCCUCCUCUGAGGUCCAGAAAUUAGUGCGACGCUUUGGUACCGUCAUCAAGACCCUCGUGCUCAACAAUACGGUCAUCUGUGAAAUGGCUACUGCAGCUAUGGGCUUGUCUGUGUACAAACGUUUCCAGAUGUUUCCGUGCAUCAUCCACAACAACCCGCUGUUCUUCUCCCGCAAGCCAGACCCCAAAGCCAACAUACAGACCAAAGUCAUUCCCGCAUUCCUUGAGUCCUCUGAGGACACAGCUGCGACUAACAAAGGCAGCCAAGCAGCAGCUGCAGACCAAGAGGAGACGGCACCUCAAGAGAGUUCUGAAUCUCUAUUGGAGGAUGUUGAAACGGACGGCGCUUCGAAGGACGAGAAGGCGAAGAGCACCGACAUGACCGUUGGUGAAGACGAAGCUUUGGGAGCAAACGGGAGCCAAGGCGACGACGACAUCAAAAAGGACGAGCUUACUGUUGCCGGUUGUGACUCUGUGGCUGCACCGGGCGCUGAACCUGAAUCGGACCUGGAGACGCACAUGGGGGAAGGAUCAGCUGUUGAAACUGUCAUGGAGACAGCCGAGGAGAACAAAGAUGCGUCUGCGUCCACGGCCCGCAACCACGAGACUCCUGCUGGUGAAGAGGCAAAGACGUCUCGCUCUGAUGGCGACGCAGCUUCCCAGGAGGCGGCCAUGCCAGAGCUCCCGAAGGUGACACAGGAGAUGGUGAACACGCUGCUGUUGGAGUGCCGAACAAGGACCGCCGGCCAUCCCAACAGCACGGCGCCUCCCGCCAACGGAGAACAGGGGGACACACAAAUGGAGACGGAGCAUGUUGACACGGCAACAAAGGAGACAAAAGAGCCAGCCAAGAAUCACACGGAGGAGGAGGUGAAGAAGCAGGAGAGGGAGCUGAAAGAGAGGGAGGCGAGAAAAGAGAAGGAGACGAGCGAGAGAGAGAGGAAGGAGAAGGAGAGAAGGGACAGGGAGAAGGAGGAGAGGACCAAGCGGGAGAGGAACGAGAAAGCCAGGAGGGAGAGGGAGAGGAGGGACAAAGAGAGGCGGGAAAGGAAGAGAGCAUACAGUGAAGAUUUGCCAGGGUCAAGGUCGUCCUCCAGGUCCGAGGGAUACAAGCAGAGCUCCUGGAAGGAUGAACCGGGUCACAACUCUGAAGCGGAGGCCGAAAUGAAUCAGGCGGGGGAGGAGCUCGAUGACUUCCCAUUCAACUUGAGUGACUUUGUGACGGUUGACGAAGUCGGAGAUGUGAAUGACCUCCCUUCCUCUGUUCCCAUGGAAACCACCGAGGAAGGAGAGGAUGCUCCCACGUCUAUCCUGGCGGAAGCUCCAGUGGACACACCCACCAUCGCGUCAGUCGCCCCAGCGACCGCGGUAGAGUGUGACGAGCUUGCAUCAGAGCCCGAAGCUGUGACUGUGUCCACAGCUGAGACGACCGAUGUUUUAGAGUCUUCAGCUCUCACCGUCAUCGCUGCAGCUUCCCCAGCGACGUCACACGCCGACUCUCCGCCCGGCCAAACGCACGCAACACGCCGACCAGAAGAAGCCACUCUGGACUCCACCACUGAGGUUGAACCGCUUCCCGUACCGGCAGCUUCAGCUGCCCCGGCUGGCUCCUCCUCCAGCAGCCCAGGAACAGGAGUCGGGACUUUGGAGGGGGAGAAAGAGGAGAAUGCACUCAAUCCCAGUGAGGCUAAUAAGGAGGAGAUGGUGUCGAACAAAACGGAGGAAGAGGAGAAGAAGUGGGAUGAAAAGGACAAAGAGACGGAAGAGCCUUCUGUGGAAACGGGAAUGUACGAGAGGUCUGAAGAUCUAGCAAACAGCGAAGAGGAGAGCGUGAAGAAGAAGUUAAUGGAGUACACCCUUCCUCCUUUUAACCCCAGCAGCCCAGUCGGUAUGGAGUACUUGGUCCCAAAGACGGGUUUCUUCUGUAAAGUGUGUCAUAGGUUCUUCAGUGGAGCCAAAGAGGCAGAGAUAAACCACUGCAAGACCCUCAAACACUAUGAGAGCCUCAAACACUAUGAGAGCCUACAGAAAUACUUGAAGACCACUGACCCAGAACUUGUCGGUCAAACCUGACUCCACCUGAGUGCGGCUAUGAAAGUCUUGACUGAAUUCACCAUUCCCCUCCUGCGUAUUGUCUCUUUAUUUCUCACGAAGGGUCCAGAUUCUCAUAUUGAUGCAGAUUAGAAUAUGUGCUUUAGAUUGUUUUUGUUGAUGUUUUUUUUAAGAGAGAUUAGUAGAAACUGGAAACAGUGGAAGAUGAAGGCUGUAAGGACAAUAAACAGUUUGAAUAAAUGGUC